AUGGAAUACGAAAACCCUGAAGAUAAUCCUAUGGUUGAAAGUGAUAAAAAUGAUCCUAUAUUAUAUAGUGACAAAAGUAUUGAAUAUCAUGAUACUAAUGUAGAAAUUACACUAUGUUCUGGUAUGCAAUUUCAGUUGUGGGAAGAAUUAGAAAUCCACCUUAAUAUUUACGCUUUUCAAGAAGGGUUUUCUUACAAAAAAACAAGGCUUGAAUAUUAUAUGAGUCAAACAGAAAUGAACAAUUUUACAGAUGAAAAAAAAGCUGCACAGAUUAAAAGACGUACUUAUAAAUGUUCACAUUUUCACACUCACACAUCUAAAAAGGUUGUAUAA